UCUGUUUACUGACGGACUGUUGUGAGCAGCAGCUUCAUCCUCCCACAACACUACGCUGAAUCUUUACAACACAAUGAGGCUGUAAUGUCACAGAUUGGAGCAUCGUUUCAGCCGUACUGAGCCUGUGUAUGGAUUUAAUGAUGAUGAAAAAGAAGAAAUUUAAGUUCAAGGUGGACUUUGAGCUGGAUGAGCUGUCGUCGGUCCCUUUUGUUAACGGUGUCCUCUUUUGUAAAGUACGGCUCUUGGACGGCGGCUUCUCGGAGGAGUCCUCUCGGGAGCCGGUGCAGGCCAACUGUGUUCGAUGGAGGAAGAGGUUCUCCUUCCCCUGUAAGAUGAGCGCCAAUGCAGGGACAGGUGUCUUGGACCCCUGUGUGUGUCGUGUAUCUGUACGAAAGGAGCUGAAAGGUGGGAAGGCAUAUGCAAAGCUUGGCUUUGCUGAUCUGAAUUUAGCAGAGUUUGCUGGCUCAGGGAAUACAACCCGCAGAUGUCUGCUGGAAGGCUACGAUACCAAAAAUACCCGUCAGGAUAACUCCAUUCUCAAGGUCAUCAUCAGUACACAGCUCAUGUCAGGGGAUCCCUGCUUUAAAACGCCUCCUUCCACAGCCACAGUGAUCGGGAUCCAGAGUGAUGGAGAGAGUCUGCUGGAGGAGAGGAGGGGGGGGGACUCACAGAAAGCCUGUUCUGAGAGUCGAGAAGGGAAGUGUCCAGUUGUUUCUGAUGACCUUGGGGGCUGUGGUCACUCCCGGACAUCUAGCUAUGCCAGCCAGCAGUCCAAACUCUCAGGCUACAGCACAGGUCACUCCCGCUCCUCCAGCAUGUCCGAGUUCAGCCAUCGUAGAAACCACUCAGUGGGCAGCGCGUCGACUGGUAUCGGCAGCAUCCCGGAGCCCAGCGAGGAGAGGGAGUCCAGGCCUUGUCCUGCUCUACCUGAACACCCCGUCCCAACGGCCACAACGAGCAACCCCACAGGAACACCUGUCCGGAGCGCCUCAUCCUGUGAACGGCUCAACAGACACCCAGUGAAGCAGGACUCCAUGGAGUCUCAGCUGAAGAGAAUGGACGACACACGGGUGGACGCUGAUGAUGUUGUGGAAAAAAUUCUUCAGAGUCAAGACUUCACACCCAGCCUACUAGACUCCAGCGCUGAGGAGGAAGGCCUGCGUCUGUUUGUUGGCCCUGGGGGAAGUACAGCCCUUGGAAGCCAUCACCUUCCCACCAGGGUCGGUGCUGGAGCCUACGAGCAGGUGGUGAUGAAGCGUUAGACCUGCAGUCUCAUAGAAAAGGUUUGACGUUUGCAUCCAAAAAAAAAAAAGGAAUAAGGUUGUGUCCAUUUCAGUCUUAAUUCCUGCAACACAUAUUCCCUGAUCAGCACUGUGCAUAACCUGAUCACUCCACAAAUGGUAGAUGUUACAACAGUGCCCUCCUGUGUUCAUAUCUGCUACAUGACAUUGUAGCUCCCCUAUUACACCCAGAGAUGAUCAGCUGUGAAAAAUUAACACAUCAUCUGGAUUGUUCAAAACAUCUACCAUGCAUGUUUAGACAUUUACAGUUGUGGCUCCCUGUGCUGAGACUGUCCACUUCUAAAAUUGUAUGUGGAGAAAAAAAACAGCCCUAAUUCUUCACUCGACAUCUCAGCUCAGCCUCUUUUAAAACUUGACAAAACACAAGUUAACAUGAGGACAGGAGGAGGGUCUGUGUGCAUCAUCUGAUCAAACAGAAAUCUACGCUGAAGAGGACUAUGCCAUGUUUUUUCAAUACAUUCCUUUAGUCACUUUGACUAUGCAUUUGUUUUGGACUUCCUUUUCAAGCAGUGUGUGUUCUACUUAAAGUCUGCAUAUAAGCUGCUGUUAAGCUUUUGUGGUUAGCACUUGGACAACUGUUUGUAUUAUGAAAGUGAGAAUGUUUUACUACAAAGACCCGUCCGACCUGAGCCUUUUGAUGUAUUAACAUGAAGUGUGUGAGUGUGUAUGUGGUUAUCUGUCUGCUAAGUGGUAAGACCACUUGUAUUAGUAGGAACAAUUAUCCUGUGGUCUUGAAUGAGGGCCUGGAACUGAUCUCUUUAAGGAGUGCCAUGCUGGCACUUGAACAGAGAAAAUUUGAGAACUGAAGUUGCUCACAUGUUAUCAUUAAGGUCCCUGUUGUCAUCUGCCCGAUACUGCGUGUGUGAGUUAUAGAAAACCUGAUGUACUAAUACCUUAUAGACUAGGGGCUUUUAUGAUGGGUAUCACAACAGAAAGGUAUAAACAGACGGGUGACAAAUUAAAGAAAAACCUGCUCAGAGUGGUCUCUUCCAGAAGGAAAAUUCUGAUUAAAGUAUGAGGACUCGCUGAAUGGAAUGAGUUUCAAAGUGAUGUGAAUCACAUGUUCUAGCCUUCACUCUCAACAGAUCUUAAACCAACUGUACACCUGACAACGCUCGCAUGAUCAAAUCUGAUAUUUUUUUUAAACUGGGCUGAGAAGCAGCGUAAAUAUAGUAAAAUGGGUUGUGAGCAACAUUAACGCUGAUAGACUGUCGUGAGUAUUUAAGUUGGUUUACGGUGAUUCUCUGUCUCAGUGUUUAGUUAGUCAGCUUUGAUGCACAGCAGUUUGUAUAACAUGUUUUUCUGACACUAAUGAAAAUGAAGUCAUGAUAACUGAACGUGUUUGCAUUAAUUUGCUGCGUCAUGUGCCUCUGCAGUAGGGCUGGCUUUAAACUAAUGCUUUGAAGAAACACAACUUAUGAAAACUAUAAAUGACAUUUUCUGUCUGAAUCAGUCUUUGUAGUGAUAUAACAGCAGUUUUACACAUUAUUUUAACACCACUACAACAGAAUCUAAAGUAGAAGUAAUAGUAUCUUAGAUGUAAUAUUGUGUUUUAAUUGUGCAAAUAGAGAAAUCUGUGAGCUGUCAAUGGUCUAUGGUACAUUUCAAAACUGACAAAAUAUUGCAGUUGAAAUCAUCUACCACCUACAAAACGAUCCUAAGGUCAGAUCACCCAUCCCUAGUUCUACAUGUGGUGUCCAAAUGUCUUACUAAGAUACUUUCUGUUGGGUUUUUCCUUUUGUUUGUCACCUGUCUGUAUUUAAUAUUCAGUGUUUCAGAUGCGUAUCCGUUCUAUACUUACGCUUUGCAACUUAAUCGUCUCUUUCUGAGCUGAGCAGAAGGCAUACAUUAACGAACAAAUAGAAGAGCCUGUGAUCAACAAUGAAUGCAUUAAUUUAUCAGCACAUCUGAUGCGUACUGUUGUUAAAUCCACUUAAUCUUAAGGAUUACACAGUGAAAGACUAAUUAAUUAAUCCACUGCCAUGAAAAUACUCAACAGCACCUGUGUUUAAAAACAGCCAGAUUAAUAGUUUAGUGUGUUUGUGUAUUUUCAUAUUAACUGAGAUCCACCAACAGUCUGUCAAACUGAAUCAGUCAGAUGCAUAAAUAGUGAGCCUGUAUAAUACUGCUACGAGUUGAAAAAUCCAAUGGCCUUACACGUGUUGAUUAUUUGCAUUCCAUGUCCAGGAAAUGAAAUAAACAAUUUAUUAGCUUGAAAUAAUCAAUUUACUGUUAUUAGCUGGGACCUGGUCAGGGCUAAGUAUAUUACAAACAUUAAUGAAAACAGGCUGUAGAGUAUUUCUGAUCUUCUGUCAUAAGCCAUAGUAGAGGUAGGAUAUUUGCCUCUUCAUGCUAAACUGUAUACACAUUCUAUAAAUAUCUGCACAAGACGUCAUCAGUGUAUGGUGUUUAGACUAAAUGUCAGUGUUCUCUGUUCUGCAUGAUUAAGAUGUCCUUUUGUUAGCUGAAAGCGUCUGAAUACAGCCAUCAUUUUUGCAGAACUUCACACGUUUGUGUUUUAAGAUGUUUUUUUCCUCUUUUGAUACUGUGCCAUCUUUAAUCUUUCCACAUUGAAGGAACAAUUUCUCUUGCCAGUCUAGAAUGUUAGAAAUCAUUUUGUUCUAUAUGGUCAAAACAAACAUUGCGCAAAAUGUCAGUAUUUGAUGUAACUGUAGCGCAGUGUAGUCUUUUUUUUUUAUGUUCAGCAUGGUUUCAGUGGCCUGUGUUGAAAAUCACAUUGAAUAUUGCCAUCUUUGUUUACCAUUUUAUGUUACUGUGCCAUCUUUUUGCCAAAUAUGUGAUUAUGGAGUUAAAAUGUAUUUUCACUCAGUGUUAAGAAUAUGCUUUAUGUUCAGAUAUCAGCUUUUGUUUUUUUUUUGUUUUUUUUAUUAUUAUAUUUGGGGGGAUAAAAAUGACUUGUUUUACCUGUGUGAAACAGGUAUGGUCCUCUUGGUACCUAACAUGUUGUUACAAACAUGGUUGCUUCUUCUCUUCUGUGAAGCUGUUGUCAAUAUUAAAAAAAAAAAACUGUAAAAUGUGUACCUCUGUAAAGUGAUGUCCUGCGCUGUUCUCACAUUGUCAGACUUGUUCUUUUGACCAAUAUUUGCUUCCUUAACAGAACUGUACUGGAUGCUUAAAAUGUGUACCUUGCACUGUUGAAUAAAAGAGUUUUAGAUCUUCA